UUCAAGUCUAGUGGGAUAAGGUAUUUUGUUGUUUAUAUCAAAGAAAGCUCUCGUUAAUACAUUUUUCUUUUUGUUUUUUUACUACUUUUAUAGUCUUUCUGAGCAUCUGCUACAGAAUUAAAAUAUCCAAUCAUACAAAUCCUUUCAUACUUCAUAUCCAAUAUCGUCUUAUGUACCUCUUUAAAGAAUUGCUGUUAGUUUGUAUUAGAGGCAUAUAUUACUAUGAGUAACAUUUGUUUUUGUUCUAUCUCCAGUUCCAGCAUCAAAAUUCUAUUUCAUCAACUGCAUAUCUUAAGUUUGCUUUUAUUUUAUCCUUGACAUAAAAGGCAAUAUCUCCAGUUUUUUUAUCUGCUAAAGUUGUGUAUAAUGUUCCUAAUUUCCUAUUCUUUAAUAAUCUUCUAUAUCCUUUUUGUAUAUGUACCUCUUGGAGACAUAUCACUUCAGCUUCCAAUUUCCUUAAUUUAUUAAAUAUUUGUGUCCUCUUCUUUGGAAUAUUUAAUCCAUUGAUGUUUACCAAAAAAAGCUUAAUUGUUUCUCCCAUUCUCUACUUGAUCUGCCUUUUUGUGCUUCUAAUCUCUCUUACUACAAUUUUUUUCUCCCUCUCUAUCCUUCCUUUUCCUUGUUUUUUUGUGUGUCUUUCUUCUUCUUCCAAGUUCUCUUCCUCCUGACUUCUAGUCUCUAGUUCUUCUCUGCUCUCUUGAUCUUCCCCCUGCACAAAGUGAUUUUCAUAAAAUUCCCUUGCUUUCUCCAAUGUGUCAAUUCUGUAUUUUUUUCUCUUGCCAUGCCACGAGUAAGCCCUCAGGUAUCAGCCAUCUAAACAUUGCUUUAUAUUUAAUUAAUUUGAUUGAUAGAAAUUGAAUUGACGUAUUUGGUCUCUUAUUCUUCAUGGAACCUGUUUCAAUAUUAUAAUUUCUUUACCUCUAUAAAUUAGUGUUUCCUAUCUUGACCUCUUAUACACUUCAUCCCUUAUUGUUCGUUUCAUAAAUUUAAUGUGUAUUUCCCUCGCCAACCUAUGCCUUCGUGAGUAGUUCGUAUAUACACGAUAUGUUUCAUCAGUGUCUUGUCUUAUUUCCUGUUUAUUUUUCCCUAGUAUCUCUGCCACAUUUCCUCUUCUAACUCUUUUUUCUCUUCGACAAUGUUUUGACAUCUAAGGAAAUAAGAAGCCUUCUCUAAUUCCAAAAAUACGAUUGAUUCUGCCAGCUCUCUAUUUAUUUGCAUGGUUUUCUGUUCUCACAUUUCUCUUUGAUUAUCCAUCUGCUCUAUUUUUGUUUCCACUUUUUAGAUUCUCUUUUCAUUUUCCAACAUUGUUUGCUGUAUGUUCCCUAUUUUAUCAUUCAUAUUUUUUAUCUCACUUCUUAUUUCCCCAAUUUCCUCUUUAAUUUCUUUGUGAUGUACCUUUAUCUCCUCAUGAUUCUCUGCUAUUGCUUCCUGGGUCGGCAGCAUUGUUUCCUGUAUCAGUUGUAACGCUAUCUGCAUAUUUUGUGAACUCGUUGCCUGUUCUGUUUUUUCUUUUCCUAUCAUAGGAAGAUGUGGGAGAUUCUGUUGGUGUAAUAUUUGUGGCUGCUUUUUUGCCUGUUUUGUUUAUUGUCGCUGAGCUAGACAUCUUUAUUGCCUGUACAACAGUGGUGGGUUUCAAUUUUUUUUACAACCGGUUCUGUGGGUGUGGCUUGGUGGGCAUGGCAUGGCUUGGUGAGUGUGGCAGGGGAAGGAUACUGUAAAAUCUUCAUUCUCACCCCACUCCAGGGGAAGGAUACUGAAAAAUCUCCAUUCCCUCCCCAAUCCAGGGGAAGGUUACGGCAAAAUCCCCAUUUCCUCCUGAUCAGCUGGGACUUGGGAAGCAGAGAAUAGAUGGGGGUGGGGCCAGUCAGAAUUUUUACUACCGGUUCUCUGAACUACUAUCAUUUUUGGAAGGCAAUUUUCUUUUUUGCUUCUUAACUGCCACAAAAUUUCUGUUACUGGUUCUCCAGAACUGGUCAGAAUCUGCUAAAACCCACCUCUGCUGUACAAUAUUUUUCCAUGUUAGCAUAUAUGAGUACAGCUCUAUUCAGGUUUUCUUUAACGCUAAGGUUUGCUUUUACUACACUUUAACAACUCUAUUGUCUUAUUUUUGUCCCACACUUAUAUAUUAUCAGUUAUAUUAAUCUUAUCACUUUUAUAUCUCUAUUUGCAGAACUUAUACAGUAUUCUAAAUAUCUAAAUAUCUAUUUUCCCUCUUAUUUAAAUAUGUAUCUUUCUUUAUAAUAUAAUACUUAUUCUUCUCACAGUUCGCUUAUACAGUUAUCAGUUACGCAUCUAUACCUUAAUUCAAUUCAUUCAUACCAUUUCAGUUAAAUCGAUGUCAAUAAUCACUUUUCUUCUUGUACCUUACUGUCCAUUCAGGGGUGAAAUGCUCCCGGUUCGGACCGGCUCAGGCGAUCUGAUAGCGAUGGCAGCUGCUGGUUCGGAGGACCGGUAGCAAAAAUCCCUGGCCCCGCCCCCGCUGCCUCUGCUGAGCCGCACCAUCAGCAGAGGUUUUUUUUUACUUUUAAAAGGUUUUGCUUCAGCCGAAACAUGCCUUUAAAAGUAAAAAAAAAGCCUUUGAGGAUCCCACCCCUCAGCUGAGAUCGGCAGAGCCUUUAAACUUUAAAAAAAAUAAUUAAAGACUACUCUGGGGAUGUCACCUGAGUUCCUCAUCAGCAGAACCUUAAAAAACAUGUUUUCUGUAGAAAACAUGUAGAAAACCUCCUUUUAAGAGAGUCUAAGACACUUACCUGAUUACUGACGACCUCAUGGCUUUUUUCCCAGCCGGAAAGCCCCAGUUUCACUUUCAGCACCAGACAGAACUAAUCUAAAUUUAGCUAAUCUAUUUCAUCACUGAGUGAUUAAUGCUGUCUGGCUUUUCUGGCUGAGGAACUCUGGGAAUUGAAGUCCACAAUAAAAUAAAAUAAUAAAAUAAAAUAUUUGUGCAGCUUUCUGAGAUUUGGUAUGUUUCUGUAGUGUUUCACUAUAACUAUACAAACACACAAAAUCUCAGAAAGCUGUAUGUGGUAUUUUGUGUGUGUCAGUUGGGUGUGUGUGUAAAGUGUGAAAGUUGGUUUUUGAGCUUUUUGUGGCUGUGUGAAGUGUGAAGUGUGAAGUGCAGCUUCUUUUACACUGUGUGUGAGUCAGUUGUGUUGUGGUGUGUGUGUGUAAAGUGUGAAAGUUGGUUUUUGGUACCUCUUAUUGUUUUUUAUACUUUGUUUAUUAUUUUUAUUAUUUAUUGUUAUUGGCCACGCCCACCCAGCCAUCUGACCACCAAGCCACACCCACCAAUUAAGCCACACCCACAGAACCAGUAGGGAAAAUUUUUAGAUUUCACCCCUGUGUCCAUUCAUGCUUAUCUGUUACAACAUUGCAUCAGUCUUCUCUCCAGAUUUUCCUUGCUUUUAAUCUGUCCACCAGUCCACUAGAUGGUGCCUCCUGCAAUCUUUUUUCCACUUUCCUUUUUAUUUAAUGCUUCCAAAAUAUUUACUAAACACUGUCAUUCACACUCUCCAUUCUUAGUCUUUGCGCCCCUCUAUUUGUUUUAUAUAAUGUCUGUUAAUCACUCCUCUAUUUGGACUCUGCCCUUCUCUGCGCUUUUCUUAAACCGGUCUGUCUCUUCCUUCCUGGCUUUAUCUCCCUUCUAGUCGCCGCCUUCUCGUCACUUUGUGUCUUUUUUUGUUUCGCCUUGCUAAUUUUGCACCGUCUCUCGCCAAGACCUCUUCACUUCUUUCUAGGAUCUCUUGUCUCCGGAAUGAAGCUGUCACUUUCACUUUUCACUUCCCAUUCUCGUGUCUGCCAGCGCUCCAGGCUGAUCUUAGAGACCGGCUUUUUCUUCUUUAGAAUUUAAGAGUGCCACUCCAGUCUAGUUGAGGGUUUGCCUUCCACCUGACCCUCUGGGGCUUCCUCUUUAAUUUGCCGUUCAUUACACGUUUGGCAAUGCCCUAAAGCGGCUCCUAAUGAAGAUAUUUUGAGCUUCAGGAAUGGAGAACCGUCCCCUCGCCCGCUCCAUGCUGAUGUCACCGCCAGGAAGUCUCCAAAAAGUUUUAAUUUAAGCAAGCAGGUUAACAGAUAAACUGCCAACCCUGAAGAUUGUUGACCUUCCCCUCCAUUAUUCUGGGAGAGAACAGGUUAAAUAUGUGGGAGGUUUUGAUUCCAGCUCCAAGACUAUUUCCAGGAGCAAAGGAGCUAGAAAUUCCUUUUCAAAUUGUAUUCUGAAUGAUGGUUGGAUACCCCCCAUUUCGGUAUUGAGGUCAGCAAAUUUGGAUUUCCUCUACAUGUGCCUGUGGGAUGAUAGAUAUAGAGCAGCAUUCUGUAAGAAAGCCUCCCCCCACAUCCCCCCAGGCCUAUGCAAGAUUUUCUUUCACAGAAGCCAUCUAGUCAAUGGAACAGGACAGGCUGUUUAUGCACAUGCCUGCAACCAUACAGAAGCAAGACAGAAUUCUUGUGCAGGCUUUGUGCCUUCUGCAUGGCCUCCAUUGUGUGUCUCCUUCUAUGUGCAUUUCAGUUCAGAAAGGAAUCCUUUCCCAGGUCUGAACUCCAGAAUGGAAUCUCAAUCUCUUCACUUCCCACCAAUAAGUUUCACCUCCUUGAGGCAACCUGAGAAGAUGCAGGUGACAGACCUCACCGAAUUUGGGGUGCAAAGACUGGGUUCCCAGGCAGCCUGUGGAAGCACGGUUAUCCGGUGGGUUCCAGACAUGCGACCCAGAUUCCUGCAGUCUGAGAAUUCUAAUGGGAGAGUAAAGGCACCCCCACAAAGAAUAUGUGUGAAGGACCUGGCUUUGGAAAGUCUCCUCUCUCUCAAGGAUCAUCAAGGGACUAAAAGAAAAAAGUCAAAUAAAGUUCCUACAGGGGGUCAACCCUACUUUCGUCAUCUAAGGCGGAAUCAAAAGUCUAACAAAUUAAGUUCUGUAGGCCAACAAAGGAACAUGGAUGACAGCCUCCUCAGGACAAGGAAACACCCGGUGCCUUCUCUGCAUCUGUUGCUACAAAAUGAGGAAGGUGUGACUCAGGAGAGCAAAAGAGGAAGGGCACUGCUGGAGACCAAGGAGAAAUUGGCAGCCCCCUUUCUUGUGCAGAAGGUGCCCAGUUUUGACCGAUCUGAAGCUAAGAACCCCAUGAAAGACAAACAUUCAGGAAGAAGCCUAGGCUGCCAGCCCAAGAUCAUCUCAGGAGGCUCACUGGUCCUGAGAUACCUGAUGGUAGAGCAGCUGGGGGAUGCUGGUAACCAUCAAGACAAGAAAGGAGGGGGCCUCCUUGAGCACAGCCAGAUGUCCUCAAAAUCUCUUUCAUUCAUAGCAGCUCUACCAGGCCUCCACAAGCAGCUUCCUCCAGACCUUUCUCAAGGAAUGGAAUUCGGUGUCGGUGUCAGAGGCUGCAUACCUGAACAAUUUCUGGGUGAAAACCUAUCCCAAGUUCAGAUUUCUCCAAAAAAGCUGCCUGCAUUCCUCCUAAAGCGACGCAGGAAGAUCAGCCAGGCUUGUGUUAAAGAGAGGGGACAGCUGAAGCUCUCCAUCCACCUGCAAGGCAGAAGGCUUAAGCUUUAUGUCGUGGAAGCCAAAGAUCUAAUGGGAAAACAGUACCGAAUGUGUGACUCCUUUGUCAAGGUGUCCAUUGUGCCAGAUACAUCACGGAAAUGCAGGCAAAAAUCCAAGACCAUUCUGGGCAGUAAAAACCCUGUCUUCCACGAGCAAUUUAUCUUCUAUUUGCAGGAGGAAGACGAGCAAAAGCGCCUCCUUGUCACAGUCUGGAACCGACCACAGGAUUCGAGGCAGAGCAGACUCCUUGGCUGCAUGAGCUUUGGUGUGAAGACCCUGCUGGGUCCAGACAAGAAAAUUUGUGGCUGGUAUUACUUACUGGGAGAAGAUCUGGGCAGAACAAAGCACCUGAAAGUGGGCACAGGACAGUUCAAGCGAGGCCAAGAGAUGACGUUAGCCAAACCGGCUGCCUUAUUGGGGAAGCAGCAGCUGCAGCAGGACAUGGAGCAGAUCAAGAUUACAAUCCCACGUGGGAAGAAUGGAUUUGGUUUCACCAUCUGUUGUGACUCCCCUGUUCGUGUCCAAGCGGUUGAUUCUGGUGGCCCAGCAGAGAAGGCUGGCUUGCAGCAACUGGACACGGUGCUUCGGCUCAAUCAGCAGCCUGUCGAAGACUGGAAAUGCGUAGAAUUGGCCCAUGAGAUUCGGAACUGUCCCCAGGAGAUCCUCCUCCUUGUUUGGCGCAUUGUGCCGCAGGUCAAAGCCGGCUUGCAAGGGGUCCCCCGCCGCCCCUCUUGCAAAUCCACCUACGAUUUGCAGUCUCCAUCCACCCGGCGGGAGAAGAGCAGCACCGGGCGAUCGCGGCCCCCCGAGCAUCGGCAGAGCUGUCAUGUGUUGUACGAUGGAAACCAUGAGUUUGCACUCAAUGGUUGGGAGCGAUACACUGAGCUUGGCAAGGCUCCCCAGCAGCACACCAUGCCUCCGCCUUCCCGACCUCCUUCCUCCAGUGGUACAGACAAGAACUACAUCAUCCUUACCCCGCUUAAUCAGGGCGGCCAGCUUCUGAGGCGAGUGUGCCAGGAGAACAAAGCUCCCGGAGGCAAUGUGUGCAAAGGAGAAUCUCGUGGCAAGAAAUCCCGGCUGAUGAAGACAGUGCAGACCAUCAAGAGCCAUGGAAGCAGCCCCCAGAGCUGCCCUCUGAUGGGAUCCCACAUCCCACCCUCCAGUUACGGCACAUAUGUAACGCUUGCGCCCAGAGUGCUGGUUUUCCCCAUCUUCGUGCAGCCUCUGGAUCUUUGCAGCCCAGCUCGGACGCUGCUUUUAUCAGAAGAGCUGCUUCUUCACGAGACGCGAAACAAACCAACUGAGGUAACCCUUUUCGUUUAUUCAGACUUACUACUCUUCACCCAGGAAGAGGAGCCUGGGCAAUGUAAUGUCUUUCGCAACCCGCUUUACCUGAAGGACGUGCGGCUGCAAGAGGAUUCCUCUGAAGAUCUGAAAUUCUGCAUUCUUUAUCUGGCAGAGGAGCUGGAGUGUGUGCUCAGCCUGCAGGCUCACUCCCACGAGCAGAAGACCAGGGUGUGCUGGUGUCUGAUUGAUAACAUCUUGAAGCAGCAGCCAAGAACAACUCCGACAGCCCCUCCGGCGGAAAGCAAGAUGCUUGAGCCAGAAGCUGUGAAAUUAGGGGCAGUGUCAUCUGUGGGGCAGGACGACAGCAGCCGUCUUGCCUAUCCUGUGAGAGAGAACUCCAUAGAGGGGCUGACGGGGGAAGCUGUGGCUGAAGUCCAGGGCAUCGCAAUGGAACAGGGGAAGCAGGCCUGCCACCUUGAGGGGAAGGAACAGGAAGUGCCCUGCAGCGGCUCCACUGCCUUUGCAAUCCCAAAGUUGCAGGUGGAGGGUGCCUUUAAUCAAGACCUGACCUGCCUCACUAGCCUCAAGCUCAGCGGUCCAGAGGAAUUGGCUGAGGAAGAGGAGGAAGAGGAGGACAGUGGUGAGGCCUAUCUGGUCAGGGGGGACAGAAAACGCUGCAGCUUAUUUGAAACGUCAGUGUGUCAGCCGGCCUGCAGCCUGAGUGUGCAGAACUCUCUGCGGCGUCGGACGCACAGCGAAGGCAGCCUGCUUCAGGAGCCCCGAGCGGGCCACUGCUUCACCUCUGACACCAGCCUGAAUUACACCGAGAUGCAAGGAUCCACCCCCAGCUGGACGCUGCCAUCUCCACAGAGCCUCAAGAAACAGCUUAUGAAGAAUGGGGGCUCCAUCCACCAACUCACUCUGCUCUUUGUUGGGAAUCGGAAGCAGCAGCAGCAGCAGCAGGUGCUGGAUCCUGAAGGAGUUUGUGACUCAGGAGCAGCCCACAAGAUGAACAAGACAAUGGCCAAAGACAUCAAGAACCGACUGGGGCUCUUUCGGAAGCGGCACGAAGCCCUGGAGAGCCAGUCUGACAAAGGGACGAAGCCUCUGCGGCCCCUUCCUGAAGAAGCUCUCAAGUGGGGAGACUCCCUGGAAAAGCUGCUGCAGCAUAAAUAUGGGGUGGCUGCCUUCCGUUCUUUCCUGCGCACUGAAUUCAGUGAGGAGAAUUUGGAGUUCUGGCUGGCAUGUGAGGAAUACAAGAACAUCAAGUCCCAGUCCAAGAUGAUAGCCAAAGCCAAGAAGAUCUUCACCGAAUACAUUGCUGUCCAGUCCUGCAAAGAGGUCAAUUUGGACUCCUACACCCGGGAACACACUAAAGAGAACUUGCAAAAUAUCAGCUGGGGCUGCUUUGACCUUGCCCAGAGGCGGAUUUAUGGCUUGAUGGAGAAGGACUCCUAUCCCCGCUUCCUGCGCUCAGAGCUGUACUUGGACCUCAUUAACCUGAGGAAACCUAGCCCUUCACUGUAGAAGAUGCUAGGUCUCCCGCUAGAAAACUUCGGGGGAGCAGUAUGUUUACAAAUAAUUACAUUUUUGGCUAAGGGAUUGUCUGGAUAAAUAAAUCUGUCUUCCCACCCAAAGGGGCCUCGGGGUUACAGAACUAAGCAGCUUUACUAUUCCUUCUUCCCGAGUACCUGCUUUUUCCUCUGGUACGAUGAAGUCAGAGCACCCAAAGCUGCAAAGGAGCAGACCUUCCAUCGGACGACCGUGAAGUUCAGAGCUUUUCCUGCACACAGACCUAUUUUGGGACAUCCGUGGCUUUCAUAAAUGGGCCACCUCCUCAAAGAGCAAGGUGGAGGUGGAGAGUCCCUUGCAGACUUUUCCUUUUGAGUCUUGGCAUGCCUUCUCUGGACAGAAAGCUCCCACUGAACUGUCCUUCCCAGUAGUGCAACAGACAUGGAAUUAUCCUGCUUCUCUUCAACGGUCUGAAAGGCGUAAUCCUUGCUAAGUUUAUUUAUUGAAGGCUUCUAGUGGGAUACCGUGUCUGUGGGAAUGUCUCCCUAUUGAGUUUCCUUUUAAACUUAAGUGCAAUAUUUUUUACUACCCUAUUGCUAUUAUUUGUCUCCUGGUUUUCUCUCGGACUCUUGGAGUGUGUGGCAGAAUGAAUGUAAGUCAGUUCUCAGUCACUCUUCCUUAUUCUUUGGCCUCUGACAUCUGCCCCGGCAGAUGUGUAAAAAGCUUACUGCAGCUUGUUGCAACAGCGGUGUGUAUACCUUAUAGAGACUGAAAAACAUCUGUAUGUUUCUGUGCUGUGUCAUAAAAGGAGGUAUGAGAGAGCAGCAUGUCUGGAUUUAUACUCAUAUCCAUGUGAAUGGAUUGGGUCCAGAAAGAUAAAAUCUUCUCCAAUGAAUCUUUUGACCAAGUGCCUGGUUUACUACUCAGGCCUAUCUUUGCAGUUUAAAAUAUUUUUGUCGUUUUGUUUUUUACUGUCAUGUCUAUUUAGGAUAAAUAAAGAGACAAUACAAGUUAA